AUGGACCAGUACUGCAUCCUGGGUCGCAUAGGGGAGGGUGCCCACGGCAUUGUCUUCAAAGCCAAACACGUGGAGACCGGGGAGAUAGUUGCCCUCAAGAAGGUGGCCCUGAGGCGGCUGGAGGAUGGCAUCCCCAACCAGGCCCUGCGGGAGAUCAAGGCUCUGCAGGAGAUCGAGGACAAUCAGUAUCUUAAGAUAGCAGAUUUCGGCCUGGCCCGGGUCUUUUCCCCAGAUGGCAACCGCCUCUAUACCCACCACGUGGCUACCAGAUGGUACCGGGCCCCCGAGCUCCUGUAUGGUGCCCGUCAGUAUGACCAGGGUGUUGACCUGUGGGCCGUGGGCUGCAUCAUGGGAGAACUACUGAAUGGGUCCCCCCUUUUCCCUGGGGAGAACGACAUCGAGCAGCUUUGUUGUGUGCUUCGCAUUUUGGGCACCCCCAGUCCUCAAGUCUGGCCGGCCCUCCUGCACCAGUACUUCUUCACAGCUCCCCUGCCUGCCCACCCCUCGGAGCUACCAAUUCCCCAGCGCCCAGGGGGACCUGCCCCCAAGGCCCACCCAGGACCCCCUCAUGUCCAUGACUUCCACGUGGACUGGCCUCUUGAAGACUCGUUGUUGAACCCGGAGCUGAUUCGGCCCUUUAUCCCAGAGGGAUGA